AUGUUGGUCUGGUUGCAGAUCUUCCGCUUCAUGUUGGUCUGGUUGCAGAUUUUCCGCUUCAUGUUGGUCUGGUUGCAGAUCUUCCACUUCAUGUUGAUCUUCCGUCGGUGCUGGUUGGUGUUGAAGAAGUCCUCCAGUAAAGACCCUGGUCGUCUGGAGAAAUAUCCUGAUGAGAAGUCUGCAUUUGUACAAACCUGCCCAAAGGUGACAGAAAUCAUUAACGUCAAAAAUGUGAUGCGGUUGCCAAGGGACACUAGACGACAGGCUGUAACCAUCAUUUUCACUGACGACACGUCAAGGACCUUCACAUGUGAUUCCGAGCUGGAAGCUGAGGAAUGGUUCAAGACCCUCUCCACUGAAUGUUUGGGGUCUCACCCCAACGACAUCAGUCUGGGAGAGCCCGACCUGCUGGCCGCCGGAGUGCAGUGCGAGCACACAGAGCGCUUCAGUGUGUUCCUGAUGCCCUGCCCGGAGCUGAACCUGUAUGGGGAGAGCCUAAUGCAGAUCACUCAGGAGAACAUCUACCUGUGGGACGUCCAUCGCCCUAGCUCCAAACUGCUGGCGUGGCCCCUGAGCUCGCUGCGGCGCUACGGUCGCGACGCCACCAGGUUCACCUUCGAGACCGGACGUACAGUGUUUCCCAAGCAGGGAUGGGCACCACCCUGGUGGAUGUGUGACACUGGAGAAGGUCUCUACACGUUCCAGACCAGAGAGGGAGAGCAAAUCUACCAAAAGGUCCACUCUGCCACUCUGGCUAUCGCCGAGCAGCACAGGAGGGUCCUGCUGGAGAUGGAGAAGAGCAGCCGGCUGUUGUCCAGAGGUCUGGAGCCAGGAUCGUACCCCUGCACUCCCACCGCCAUCUUGCCACGCUCUGCUUACUGGCACCACAUCAGAGGUACCAGCCUCAGAAGUACCAGUCUCAGAGGAGACUCCACAGACAACGAGCUUCUCAACACACAGCUCUCCGUGAAGCACCUCCUCACACAGUCGAGCCUCCUCCCCCAGUCGAGCCUCCUCACCCAGUCGAGCCUCCUCACCCAGUCCCAGCCGCACAUCAACACACCACACUCCCCUGGACACUGA